CCCGGCCAGCACAUAUUAAGGGUUGUGGUAAGGUCGUAGAGAAUUGAUCGAUACUUUUUCUAUAAUUUUGGGGAAGGAGUAGGUUGAAUAAUAUAAUGGGAAGCAUAACCCGCAACAACAGGCUUGUUGUUGUUGUGCUUGUUUUUGCUCUUGUGCUAAGCCGUGAGGAGGUGCAGGCGGAUUCACCUUGCACCAGGGCAUGCCCAACCCAAUGUUUGCUUCACAAAUCACAAAACCCAACGGCGUGUUAUUCAUCAUGUCUUCACCAUUGCUCUCAAGGAAAAAAUCAUCAAGCUAUUGAUGUGAUAGGGCAAAAAGGUGACGAACACGUGGAAAGCUUUUCUGAAGCCGAGGCUCCAGUGGUUGUGGACACAGCUGGCACAGCACGAUCAUUGUAAUUUAUCUGAAGCCGGAACACAUAACACUACAUAUUGUUCAAUAAAGCUACGCCUCAAUUUAUAAACCCCUUCCACAAUAAUGAUGCCAACUAUAUUAAAAUAGGAAUGACGGAAUGACACAUUAAAUGUAACUGAAAUCUAGAAAUAUCAAGGAGUACCACCACAUAUCAAGAAAUUACAUAUUUAUAUAAAUCAACUUAUUUAUUUAACUAUAUUAUCAUUGUAUUAUCAACAAAAUAUUUAUUGUGCUAAUGUUAUAAUUUAAUACAAA